CAGAUCAAUGCCCUGGCCACUCACUUUCUGAUGUUGCACGACGGGAAAUGCUUUGAAUACUUGCGACAUGGCUGCGCGCAUUGAUUGCCAAGAUUGACAGCAUCAGCUCCGUCUCCUCUUGUCUGAGCGAGGGAGAGAGAAAAGGGGGGGAGACAGAAAGAGAGAGAGAGAGAGAGAGAGAGAGAGAGAGAGAGAGAGAGAGAGAGAGAGAGAGAGACAGAACAGGUAGGCGAACUACAACAGCCACUUGUUUUUUCCCCCUGUGAGUGGGACAGCUGAAGUUCGCAGAGAGAGUAGACACGGGGAUCCCUCCUUGCGCAGAGCCGCGUGUGAGUAAGUUUUCAGUCCAGCAGAUCCUGUAGCUCAGAGACCGUCUUCGCGCACAGGCACAAGAGGGGACGGACGCACGGUCAUCCACUCCACGGCCCCGGAUCCUCAAGGUUAUUUACAUGAAUUCAAAAUCAACUGACCAGUGAUCGCUGGAAGCUGGGGAUUGAGUCGUUCAGUUUUUAACCCCACACGCUGACAUGGAGGGCUUUCUACGUAGCAGCUUUUUACUGAGCAGAGUCAUGUCUUCCAAGCAGGCCACAUCUCCUUUCGCCUCCGUGGUCGAUGGGGAUGACGCCAUGAAUCAAGAACACUUGUCUUGGGAGAAAGAGGAGAGUGCCGAGGCCCACGGUACGCCACAGCUGCCCCUGCACAGUCUGCUCCAUGGGAAAGCCCAUCCCGAUGAAGUGCAGCCCCUCAGCAGCAUACCGCCAGAGAGCGACUGGGACACCCUGGUGUCAGCCCAGCAGCGCAUGGAAUCUGACAGCAAUAAAGUAUGCUCUCUGUACUCCUUCCGGAACAAUUCUACUUCCCCACAUAAGCCCGAGGAGGGGGCCCGGGAGCGAAGCGACCUGCUGAGCGGAUCAGCGUUUGGAACUCCGGAGCGCCGCAAAGGAAGCCUGGCAGAUGUAGUGGACACGCUGAAGCAGAAGAAGCUGGACGAGAUGACAAAGACAGAGCAAGACGAAUCCUCAUGCAUGGAGACACUCCUUUCUAAAGAAUGGAAAGAGAAGAUGGAGAGGCUCAACACCAGUGAACUUUUAGCAGAUGUAAAAGGUACUCCAGAGAGCCUGGCAGAGAAGGAGCACCAGCUCUCCACGAUGAUCACCCAGCUCAUCAGCCUGCGUGAGCAGCUCCUGGCUGCCCACGAUGAACAGAAGAAGCUCGCCGCCUCACAGAUGGAGAAACAGAGGCAGCAAAUGGAGUUAGCUCGUCAGCAGCAGGAGCAGGGUUUCUUUUCUGUUUCCUACCAGAUUGCAAGACAACAGCAGCAGCUUCUGCAGCAGCAGCACAAAAUCAACCUCCUCCAGCAGCAGAUCCAGCAGGUCCAGGGUCACAUGCCUCCGCUCAUGAUCCCCAUUUUUCCACACGACCAACGCACUCUGGCAGCAGCCGCCGCCGCCCAGCAAGGCUUUCUCUUCCCCCCGGGAUUGUCUUAUAAGCCAGGUGAUAACUACCCGGUGCAGUUCAUUCCAUCCACAAUGGCAGCUGCAGCAGCGUCAGGACUCAGCCCCCUCCAGCUUCAGCAACUGUAUGCUGCCCAGCUUGCCAGCAUGCAGGUCUCUCCUGGAGCCAAGAUGCCUCCACUCCCCCAGGCCCUCAAUGCGAGUGGGCCCAUUUCUCCCUCCUCUCUGAAGAAUGACAAGAGUUCCUCCAGCCCCAUCACUCAAGUCAAGGAGGAAGGAACACAGCCGCUCAACUUGUCUGCUCGGCCAAAGACGACAGAUCUGCUCAAAUCCCCCACAUCCCCGACACAAAACCUAUAUCCCGGCAGUAAAAACAGCCUCAACAGUUUCGGCAAGGGUUGCAUCCCCAACCCACUCGGCGGAGGCCUGGGACGGGGCUCAUCUCUGGAUAUUCUGUCCAGCCUAAACUCUACUGCGCUGUUCGGGGACCAGGACACGGUGAUGAAGGCCAUCCAGGAGGCCCGGAAAAUGAGGGAGCAGAUCCAGAGGGAACAGCUGCAACAUCACCAGCAGGGCAUGGAGGCGAAGCUGGCCGCCCUCACUUCAGUGGGCCUCAACAACUGCAGAGUCGACAAGGAGAGGGCGCAUUUUGACAGCAUUGGCCACCACCUCGGGAAGCUGGGCGAGGACGGGAAGAUCGGCCACAGAGUUAUUGACCUCACCAGGCCAGAGGAUCUAGAUGGGUCCAAAGUCAAUCGCUCCAGAGAUAAACCCCAACCCUAUUAUUGUUGGCCAACAGGAGGCGCUGGAUCCACUGAGGCACGAGUCUUCAGGGAAGCUCGAGGAAGGAACACCAACGAACCUCACAUCAAAAGGCCAAUGAACGCGUUCAUGGUGUGGGCCAAGGAUGAGCGGCGCAAGAUCCUCCAGGCCUUCCCCGACAUGCACAACUCCAACAUUAGCAAAAUUUUGGGUUCUCGGUGGAAGUCAAUGACUAACCAGGACAAGCAGCCAUUCUACGAGGAGCAGGCCCGUCUGAGUAAGCUCCACCUAGAGAAGUACCCAAACUACAAGUACAAGCCACGGCCUAAGAGAACCUGCAUUAUUGAUGGAAAAAAACUCCGCAUUGGCGAGUACAAGCAGAUGAUGCGGUCAAGGCGACAAGAAAUGAGGCAGUUCUUCACUGUGGGACAACCACCUCAGAUUCCGAUCACAACCAGCGCCAGUAUGGUCUAUCCCGGGGCCAUCACCAUGGCAACCACCACGCCCUCACCUCAUAUGACAUCGGAGUGCUCUAGCGCCUCGGCGAGUCCCGAGCCGGCCAUUCCUGUCAUCCAGACCACCUACAACAUGAAGCUAGAGCCCAACCCCAUGGCGAACAACAGUGUGCCGGUCAAUGGCGUGGACGAGAUAGACAUGUACGAAGAUUUCGAGGAUGAGCCCAAAACAGACUAUAGCAGUGAAAAUGACACUCAAGAGCCAGUCAACGCCAACUGAGACCUCUUUGAUGGAUGAGGCCAAUGCAGACACAACACUUACACAGGAGGACGCCCGAGGGCUGGUCUGAUCUGAGGGAGGGAAAGAGCAUAAGUAAAAAAAAUAAUAAAAAAACACCACACAAGGAUGUUUUAAAAAAAUAACAAUGAUGUAUCAUUUAGGAGCCAGCAUGCAGAGGUGGCUUCAUCAGAAUCAAAAGCUAUUUGGUCUUAAGUGUUUCUUCAAGUGUGUGAAGCAGUUUGGUUGUGGUAAUUUAGAAUUUUUUUAAUGUCAUUGUUUAUGUUUUCAUUGUGAUCAUAGACAUUUACACAAUUAGAUUAAUGCCUAGAACAAAAGACAGAACUUGAAAUUCAACAUUUGAUAUUUGACAUAUAUACAUCAAAUAUCAAUAUUUGAUGUAAGAUUUGGACUCUUAACAGUCACUUACCUUGUUUGUCUCUUCAAUUAGAUGAUUUUGAUAUAUGAUGUAACUGUUCAAAAUGGGAAUAAUAUACUCACUCAGGUAUAGUGUGCCAGCCAACAGCUUGUGAAUGUUUUAAAUCAAGAGUAAAAUAUUACCAGUACAAAAUAUUUCAAAAUUCAUAUCGAGUGAUACCAAUUUAUUACAGAGGGAAAUUAUUAUUAUUAUUAUAAUUAUUAUUAUUAUUAUUGAUGUUUUUGUUGAUUGUUAUUACACAAAAUUUAGUGCUGAGGUGCCAAACAUUUCAAGUUGUUUCUAAAAUCGGUAAAGUCUUAUGAGAGUCUUAGACAAUCUCUUGAUCUCUUAAUGCAGCUUCAUUAUCCAGUCUUUCUUUAAUUUACCCAAACAGAACAAACAAAUCAAACUCAGGAACUUGGAGGCACAAGGCUCUGCAGGAGGUUACAGUAUGUGACAUCUCUGAUCGGUAGCUCGUGACGCUAGCUGUCCUCCAGGGAGCCCAAUGCAGUGAUCAUCAAUGAAACCAGCCAGCCCUUUCAUUUCCUCAUCCCAGUCCACACACAGAGAGCACUGUGGCAUCCUUCACUCAUUUCCAGCUCCGCAGCCCAGUCUGACUUACCAAGUUCUUAAUCAGAGCGAUUGUAAUCAGGCCAGGAUGCUAAAGGGCCAAAGGCCUCCAAUCUGAGGGAUUGGAACAGCAGUGAAAGGCAGCUUUGGGGGCAUUACAAUCUCAAAUUGAUGUUGUACAAUGUGUAGCUACAGUAUGUUCUGAUAAACGCUUUAGCCCCAUUUGGACGGCAAGUUUAAAGUCUUAGGUCUGAGAACUUCAUUUUUUUUUCAAUCUUAAUUCUUUUUAGACAUUGUAAAUCUUAAACUGACACUAAGAAGUCUUAAAGCAGAGCACAGUCAUUAGGUUGAUGCAAUGAGUUGAUUACUGAAGCAGUCUUAAAAGAAGUGACAGUUUAUGGGGACAACCCUAAAAUCGUUUCCUAAAUUGCCUUGUCACACGAAAGGUAGCUUAACGCGUGCACUUAAAAUUAAUUCUCAUUCUGUCACCUUUGAGCCUUAUUUUUUAAUUUCUAAUAAUCUCAUCAGCUUUUGUAAUGCACUUAUCAUGACAUGCAACGACUCAGAAGCAACAAGGACAAAGUCUCUCCUAAUUUCAGCAAAAAGCUGACAAGCGGUGACCUUCUGGAGCCUGCAGUUAGAUAAAGCUCCUCUAGCGGUCAAGGCCUUGAUGUUGCGACUCAGAUCCUCUUUACAGGGCAUAAGGUCUAAGUGGCUCCCCUCCCUGCCAUGCCCUGCUCUGACCCCUGCCUGUGGCAACCUCAGCACCCAGGGGGCGCCAUCUGGCUCAGAGAAGAAGCAAACACCAGGGAGGGAUGGGAAACAAUAAAAAUGGGGUGUGUGUCACUCAUUGUGCUCUCCAUCAAAGUGCUGGAAGUAAGGCCUCAACAGGGCUCCCACCCCGGUCCAAUCACCAGGCACUGGCGAGCAGAUGGAACAAGUACAUCAAGCUGUGGGGGAUUAUUAAAAUGACUGACGACUGGGUAUCAUCUGAAAUACAGCAUUAUUAAUGCAUGAGUCCAGCUAUCCCCCUCCCUUGCCCUUGAACCCGUCCAUUUCAGCAGGAAAGCUGAGCUUUUUGAAGGAUCUGAAUGGCUGGUCAGUGUAUUUAACUAGUUGAGAUCCCCACUGCUGGUCACUGCAUUUUUCUCCUAUAGCUAUAAUUGGUACAGAUGGUUCUUAAUAUCACUUUAGCACUGUUAUCUUCUGUACUCGUAUUGUCAAAACCUGUUCAGAGCUGGCUUGCAUUGUUCCUACUUUUUGGAAGCAUUUAUAAUAAGUCUUGUAGGGUUUUAUUUAUUUUUAAACACCUCAUUAACAAUUCCAAUUGUUUUUCCAUCACAUCUUUUCUACAUUGUUCUCAUUGAGGUACAAAACAUUUGAAGAACACUCUCCUACAAACAAACAAACCCAAGUGGAUUUCCCUCCAAGUCAACCUGUUUAGUAUUUUCAAGCUGUUUGCUCCUGUUUGCUGGUGGUUAGAUUGAUUUGUAUGUGAUUGUAAAUAUUUUAAUGACCAUGCCACAUUGCUUUAGUUGGCUGAUAGUUAUAAAGGACUCUUCACGGAACUGAGACUUGACUGUGCUUAUACAGCAAAAAAAAAAAAGAAAGAAAAAAAUGACAACAAGAACUCACGAGGAGACAAUGUUUCAUAAGUGUUAUAAGCACUGGAUAGAAAUUGUAUUUUUAUCAAUUCUGAUUAAUGUGAAGCUGUUUGAGGAAAAAAAAACACCCUGAAUGAACAAAAUCCCCCAGUUUGACUCAAGUGGGUUUGCUCUCACAGUUGCCAGAUUUGAGUCUUUUUUUUUCUCUACAUAUUUUGUUUAUUUAUGCAAAGACACAUAUGAUGAAUGAACACUUUCUCUAAGCUUCAGGGCUGCCAAGGGGAGACACUCAGCACAAGGAAGCGAGCAGAAAAUUCAACAGCAGGCUCGGUCAGCCGCGAAACACCAGACUUCAGUGCAUUGUAUAUUGUAUUUGAAACUGUAGAGUAUCAACAUAUUGUAUUUAUUAUUAGCCGCUGCUGGCUCUAAAAUUGUCAGUAAAACAACAACAACACGGACAAUCAUAGUCAAAGGAAGAAGAAAAAAAAAAAAAACGUACUUGAUGAAUUGGAGCAAAAAAUGGUUUUCAGUGAAUUUGCCAUCUCAUUUAGAUUUUAUUGUAAAUAUAACAUAGGAAAAUAUAUUUUUGUUCAUUAGUGAAGUAUAAGUUAUGCAUUUGGCUGUCCUUGUUUUACUUUCUCUCUUUUUUAAGUUUUAUUUUUGUACAUGGUCUCAUGUAUUUAAAAACCUGACAAGUCACUGUACCUCAUGUAGAUGCUGAACUUUUCUUCCUGCUUAUUGGAGCGGAGCCGUAUUGGACCUUCGACAGAAAGAAGCACCUCACUUGCUCAAUAUCUAGUUAGUUUCUCCCCUUGAGUAUUCAAAGAGCCAAUUGAAAUACAAAUCUAUAGUCAUUAGACUUUUAUAAUACAGUUAUUACAAGUAAGGUACUCAUUUAAACAACAAGCACUUGACGUAAAAAAUUAUAAUCCAAUAUUGUUCCUUCGAUCAUGAUGCAGUGCUGUGCUGUUCAGUCUUACUUGUGUUUUCUUUAUUACAGCACUCAUGGCAAAUUUCUUAUGAGUAGCGGCAUCCUAAAAUCACGUGCAUGCAUUUGGCUUGCAUUUACAUUAUCACGACAGAAUUUGUGUUUUUUUGAGUGACUGUUUCAAACACAAAUUAUGUUAAAAUGUUAUAUUAUUUUAAAAGGUGGGAGCGUGCAAAUAUUUAUUUAGUUGUAUUGUGUCAAAAAAACGACAGAGCAGUUUUCUUGGUUAAUUCUCUCCUUGCCAUCUUUUUUUUUUUGUAUGUUUCAGAUUUUUUAAAUGAACAUGUUCAUGACUAUCCAGCCAUCUGCAAAUGUAGCCCUCACACUUGUUUUCUCUUAAUCCUCUUGUUAGGCAAAUGUUUGAAUGGACGUCUGAAGACAAAAGCUUGUAUACUGUUUCAACAUUACUUACUGUAAUUUGAUUUUUUUUUUUCUGUCUGAACUUUGUGAUGUAUAUGGUGGGAAUGUUCUCUGUGUUAAUUUAAUCAGCACAAUUCACUGACAUGCUGGACUGACAUGCUAGCUGCUGUUCAGAAGUGUAAAAUUUUUUGGUCGGGGCAAUAUUUAUGGUUGUCUCUGGUACUUUGCUUUUUAGAGUUGUCUCUCAAGCAACACUGUGUGUGGCUCUUCAAUCACUGGAGCCACUGAAAUUGCUGGCAGCCUGAUACAAUUACAAUUUCUGCGUAGAAAUCUUUUUUUUUUUUUGUUCCCUUCCUGGCAGGUACCUAGGCCCAUGGCAAGUAUUGUUUGGGUGUUAUUAGAGAAAAUGAAAUACAUAGUGUCUGUUGCUGCUUUAAAAAAAAGUUUAUGUCUGAAUAUGUAAAUAGUUUAUCAUAAUAUCUUGUACAGUCCAAUGUAAAGUUUUUAAUUCAACUUAAAAAUAAUGUUGCCAUCACAUUUGUGUUCACAUUCUUCUUUAUACAGUACAAAAGAUCAAAUAUUUGCUCGGGGUAUUAUUGCUAAAAAUUAAAGAGAAAAUAAAGAGAUUUUUUUUUUAAUGUUUGUUUUGCUUGGCUUCAAAGUGUACACCAGCAAGUCUUUGGUUUCCAUGUGCAGUAUUGACGUGAGGUUAACUUAAGGUGAAUAAUUUUACAGUGGUGUGUGUGGAGAGCGAUCUCCUCAGCUUUGGUAGUAUUAAUACUCUAUAUCAAGAACAAACAAAAACCAAUGAGUGACAUUUGGGUACAUCUGGGCACCACAGGAAUGUGGAGACUGUAUAUGAUUCAAUUAUCCCCACAGGAUUGAUUCAGGCAUCUUAUAAUGUAACACCAUUUUCUGUGUGGCUCAGUCCAUUGUAACGAUGAAACACUGGGCUGAGGAACUGCCUGUUUAAAGCUCAUUUACCUCAAGAAUUUCCUCCUUUUCUGUAAAAGAGACAGAAAUUGUGUUACAUAAAGCUUCUCACAUCACUCCAUCUUUUGUACUGCUGUUGACACUUACAAAUUAAAGAGACAUUUUGUUUUAA